AUGUCUUUUUCAAAUUUUAAUCCAAAGAUCUAUCAGACAGAUGAUAUUUAAUUUAAAGUAGUCAGUCGCUCGCACUAAGAAUACCAACUGCCUCUAGGUAAAGCCAGCCAUAAGAUAGGGGGUCAAGUCCCUGGGCAUAAAAAAUUAAGUUAAGUAAUCAUGAAUGAUAGCAGCGACAUUUUCAACGAUGGCAUCGAGGGUGGUGGAGUUGAACCCUCAAUCAACGAGUCGAUUCGCUAGAGCAUACAAUGCAGCUUCGUGAGCUCAGAAUGCAAUGAUACCAAGAUGAAGUACAUGGAAAAUCCGAACACGGAGGCCUAGCGAAAUUUAUAUGUGAUGAACCGCAUGAACUGGAUCACAUAUUUAAAAGUUCUUUUUGAUCAGCUGGAGUCAUUCAACUAGAACAAAUAGAAGCAUGUGGAGACCGCCAAUUUUAUUAAAGGCUUCCGCAAAAUUAAGCAUUUGCUGCCACUUCAAACGAGGAAUGAUUAUUAUAAAAACUGUAGCGAGGUGGCCUUCUCUUACAAGGAGGUGGAGAAUGGUGUGAAUAAGAUGCCUAAGUAUAUAACCUGGGACAAUAUCAUAGAUAUAUUCCUCACUAAAUCAUUCGCUUAAUCUAUCAUAUCUAACCCAAAGUAGUCCACUGCAUUUUAAUAAAUCGAUUCAGAGGAGUUAUACUAACAGCAGCCAGUUUAGCAUGAAGAUAGCUAGGUCUCAGAGGUGGACUAUGAGGAGGAUGACAUGGAGCAGAGUUAUGGAUUUAAUCAGAAUAAUCGUUAUGAGAAGCGAAGCAGCGGAGUCUCAAACCACAACAGGAAUCUCAGCAAGCCUUAAGUAUCCUAUGGAGGAAGUAUAUCAACCGACCCUAAUCCAAGGAGGAAGAAAAAUGAGGACUUUUUCCCUAGUUUUGCUGACAGUCUGAUUAACUAUGGCAACGUACAGACAGAACAUCAGAGCUAUCAUCAUUAACCGCAGGGUUCUUAACAGUAAUUAAUUGCGUAGGCGCCACUUCUGUUGAGUAACCCUAAUCUUGGCUUAAAGGACAGAGACGAGGACGAGGCUUGUGAGAUAGAUAGUGACUACUCAGAGGAUGAUGACUGUGAUGGUGAGGAAAGCAAAACUUAGUCAGAUUCCAGAAGGAAAAACCAGAAACUGGAGGAGAGCAUCAGGUCAAGCAGAACCGCCACAUUUAAGUCAGUUAGAAGAACAAGUCAACAUCAAAAUGCAACCAAUAAUGUUCAAAUCUAAAAUCAGCAGUUCUAGCAGUUAACCACUGCGCUAUCAGCUGCAGUUAAUGUGCAGGACUCAUAUUAUGCAACUAUUAAAAAUUCUGGUGUUUCUCAGAACUAUAUGCCAGUUUCACAAAGCAUGCAGCAACAGGUUUACUAUUAAAAGCAGAACCAAUCAAAAAUAUCAGAAGUAAGAAACAGCUUUUAAUAUGAGUAGGAAGAUGGACAGGUAGAAUUAGCAAGCAACCAUUCUUAUGGUUCUUCUAAAUGGCGCACCUUGGAAAAUAAUGCCAAUACAGGCAGCAGCGUGAGAGUUGACCUUGUUGGUACCUUUGAAGAGCAGAACAUGAACUAUGAGAAGUCCACAAGAAUCUCUUCUCUGAACUCCAUUUAAAAGAACAGUAACAAUGUCAAUAAUAGUAGUACCUCUAACAACCACCACAAUCACACACAUAAUAACAUCAACAAUAAUACCAUCCUCUCACACAACAGCAGUCACUCCUCGCAAUCACAGCAUAUCUAGUAAAACAUCUCAAAGAUUUCUGUGGGCCAAUCAUCUCAGGGUCAAUCAAAUCAAUCAUCAAAUAACAUUGACUUAGAUCUCGCAGGUAAAGGUCUCAAGACAUUUGAGAUUGACUACAAGACAGGUGCUUCAGACAAGAGAUAGCUGAGAUCUAUAAAUCUUUCAUAGAAUUCAUUGGUUAAACUUCCCACUGGACUAGAGAAAUCUAUUCAGUUUAUGAACUUGAGCUUCAAUAAACUCAAAUCACUCACUGGCAUAGAAUCUUGUGUGAAUCUUAAAUUCCUUAAUGUCUCAGGCAAUCAAUUGUCCUCAGUUAAUAAUCUAGUGCAUCUUCAGAGCAUUAGAGAAGUCAUCUUUGCCUUCAACCAAGCCUCAAUAAUCAAAGAAUUCGGCUAGCUUAAAAAUCUACAGUUACUAGAUCUUAGUCAUAACAAAAUAAGUGAAAUGGAUAAGGUCACACCAUUACUAUAAUGCAAGAAACUGACUGUGCUAUCCUUGAUGGGUAACACUAUUGAGAAGUAAGGAGCAAACUAUGAGAAUAAUAUAAAGAGAAUGCUCCAGUAAGUGAAAGUACUUGACCCUGAUCAUAUUAAAGAUUACUCAUAGUUCUCUGACUUAGAACAUAUAUGCUUUACAGAUCAGCCAAUGAACACCUCUUAGCUUAUAUUAGUUGAGUAAAUGAGUGCCAUGAAUCUAAGGUAAUUCAAUAGUCAUGAGAAGGCUAAAGAGAAUCCCAUUGAAUAGAGACCAAGGUCUAAGACACCUAACCGUGAACGCGCUAAAUCUCAGCUUGGACAAUAAAUGAUGGAAGGAAAGAUGAAAUCUACUGUGAUCUCUCCUUAGCGAGAAGGAGAUAAGAGAACUUCAAUCUAGAAUUCUAACUCUAGCUAAAAGCCUGUAGUAAAUAAAAUGAACAUGGCAGCGAAUAAGCAAGGAUAAUCAGCGAUGUAUAAUGACAAUCAAUUCAGACUCUAGAGCAAGCAUGCUCAGUAAUAAUCCCAGCCACAGCCACUAAGUAAAGAUAAAAAGGGAGCAGUUACUUAAAGGACUAAUCAAAAUUAGUUAUAGAGAGAUAGGUCUUAAGUAAGUGAAUUUGCUAAAUAAAUGGAGCUACCACACGGUACAACUAGUCAAACUAGAGACAGAUCUACUUCCAAUAUUAGUAGGAACAAUCAAGGUAAGUCUUAUCAAUCGUAGCAAGUAGUUUAAUCAUCCGGGAGAAUGACUGCUUAGUCAAAUCUGAAUUCCAACAAUUAGACUUUAGUCUCUUAAUAAACCACUUAGAGCGCGAAAGAAAACGCCCCAGUUAAAAAAGUUUCACUAAACAAUAAUGUUGCAAAAGCCUAUUGUUCGCAGGGAAAGAUAACUCCUCGCAGAAAUAAUUAGCACACUCCAAGACAAGAAAAAGUUACUCACUACUAUAAAAAGAGUUUUUGCCAAACUGACGAUGAAGCAAGCUUAGUUCUUUCUGAUAACUAGAAAGAAGUGCAUGGUACACCCUCUGAGAAGCAUACAGUGAGAACAGCUCCAACUCAGGAAUCAUCUAAUAAAAAACCAUUAGUAACCAGAGUUAUGAAAAAAGAUGAUUUAAGCUUACAAAAUACCAGUAUACUUUCUCCCAUUUAGAAGAAUAGCAAGUCUAAUCUCUAAUAGCCACAAGUUUAAUCGACCAAAAACAGCAAUAGACCUAUCACUACUCUAAAGCAAAGGAUAGUUAGUGGGAACGUUCAAAACUACAUAAAAAAUGACUCGCUCUCUAGCGAACCUAAAUAAGUCUUGAAUAAUACUACAACAAACAGUCAAUAGACUAAUAACUCUAUCUAUCAAUAUAACUAAUAAUUCAUCCAAUAAUAGCAAUAACAGAUGUCGCAGAUACCUUAGAGCACAAAAAAUAAACCAAAGACAUCAAAUUCCUUUGUAUUUGAUACCUAGCUAAUCUCAUAAAACUAGACUAAUGGAAGGCAAACUCCCCAGUCAAAUGUUUCAAGCAAUAGACCUUCAUCUUAACUAUAGAAGUUCAUCAAUGCCAGUUAUAAACCAACAACCUAGAUCAAUCUAUAAUCAGCUAGGCCAUCCACAUCAUCGCAAAUGUCAAUUCAUUAAAUACCUUCUUAAAAAUUAACUAAUCUCCCGCCUAAGUCAUAUUAGAGAGCAGCAAACCCAGGAGAUAAGAAGUCUAAGGCGGACAUGUCUCUUUCAGUGUUAUCAAAUGGAUAUAAUAACCCAAAUACAAAUGUUAGUCAAAGUUAAAAUCCUCUCAACACCAACUCAUCUCUCUGCAAAAAUCAAAAUAGCAUUUUACAAACAGGAGGGACUAUGGCUGAGGAUGAUAGUCAUGUCGACACUGUUAGCAGCAGAUCCAUGAGUCCAGUCCUUGAAGAGAGCAACAACAUCAAGAAGCUGAAAGUUGACUUGACUUAAUUCAUGAACAAGCAAUGA